AUGGCUAGGUGUAUUACUAUCAAGUCUCGUUCAAAGAAUCUGAGAGAUACCAAAAUUGAAUUGGAUUUCGAUGCCUCUCCAAACACUUUAGAGGCAAUUCUACAAAAAAUAUCCGAACAAAAUAAGGGCAUCUCUAAGAAUAGAUUAAGACUGACUUAUUUGAAAGAGUCCAAACAAGUCCCAAUUACAAAUGAUAAAUUCUUUCAGGGAAAUGAAGAGACAGUUGGAGAAAAGGAGGAGUUAUAUAUCAAAGAUCUAGGUCCCCAAAUCUCUUACAGACUUGUUUUCAUUUUGGAAUAUCUUGGUCCAAUUUUGGUUCAUACGUUAGCAUAUUUUUUAUCCAAGCAACCAUAUUUCGUUGAACAUUUUCACAGCUCCAAUGUUCCAUACAAUCCAUUUUUGAAUAAAAUUGUGUACACCAUGAUUUUGGCACAUUAUAUAAAGCGAGAAUUCGAAAGUGCCUUUAUUCAUAAGUUCAAUUUAUCCACCAUGCCAUUAUUCAAUCUAUUCAAGAACUCUUUCCAUUAUUGGGUCCUUAAUGGGUUAAUCGCUUUAAGUUAUUUCGGUUAUGGAUUUGUUUGCCAAGAUUCUAAAAUUUUAUCGUUAUAUGAAAAGGCUCAUUUACAAAAUUUAAGUACUUUAAUUGCCCUUUUCGCUCUAUCAGAGUCAUGGAAUUUCUACGUUCAUCUGAAAUUACGUAGAUGGGGUGAUUAUCAACUUAAAAAGGGCACUGCUGAUCAACGUUUACCACUUAAUGAAGGUAUUUUUACUGUGUUCGUUGCACCAAACUAUACAUUUGAAGUAUGGUCAUGGUUCUGGUUUACUGUCGUUUUGAAGUUUAAUUUAUUUGCUAUGUUAUUCUUGACUGUUUCUACCGCUCAAAUGUACUUGUGGGCUCAAAAGAAAAACAGAAAGUACAAAACAAAGAGAGCUUUCUUAAUCCCAUAUAUCUUUUAA